GGAUACCUCCUGACGGCGCCGAAGGUUCUCCGCUCCAACUCCACCGAGCUGAUCUGCCUCUCCCUCUUCAACUUGGAAGGGCCGGGGAACGCCAAGCUCACUCUGACGGGGGAAGGAGAGGAUGCAUUCGCGGCCACCCUCGACCAUUCAUUCACCAAAGGGAGCAAGGAAUGCGUGGACUUUCCCGUGCCUAACGUGCCGGAGCAGAGGGGGAGGUUGCACCUCCAACUCACCCUGGAUGGGGUGCCGGACUACGUUGGGAACGAGAGCGAGUUGGUGAACAUCAGGGAAUACCAGAACCUCCUCUUUGUUCAAACGGACAAGUCCCUUUAUCUUCCCGGGCAGGACGUCCGGNCUUUAUCUUCCCGGGCAGGACGUCCGGUGAGGGAAGUCUGGGUGGAGGAUCCGUCGGGGAUCCGAAUAGCGCAAUGGACCGAACCGUCUUCCACAGCCGGCUUCAUCCAGCUUCAAUUCCAACUCGCCCAGGAGCCGCCGUUGGGGAACUGGAGAAUCAAGGUGGACGCGAAGGGGAGGAAACGCGAGGAGGAGAAACAAUUCGAGGUUUCCGAAUACGUCCUCCCCAAGUACUCAGUGGACAUCCAAGCACCCAAAGUCUUACUUGGAGAUGCAUCCACCUUGGACCUGAACAUCUGCGCAAGGUACACCCACGGGGGUGCAGUGGAGGGUGAGCUGAUCCUCAGGGUCGAGCCGAAGAUCUACGUGUUGGACUACCUCAAAGACAAUUACCCUGGGUUCGUGAAGGGGUUCGGUAUCGAUAUGGACAAAUACACUGCCGUCUUUCAGCUCCAAGUGAACAAGGACGUCGAAUGGGUCACUGUUCAUCACGCCUUAUCCUCACCGUUUGAUUCCAUUCGGUUCUUCAUCGGCCGCUUCAACUCCUCCUCGCAGAUGAAAGACUGUCACAAGACAAGCAUCCCGGCGGAUGUCCUGGGCAUGGACGAUCGGGAGCUGGCUCCCUCGUCCGUCAACAUCACAGCCACCGUGAAGGAGAAGGGGACGGGUGUCCAGUUCACAGAAACCUUGAUCCUCAACGUUGAAAGGAAUCCCCUUGAUAUCGACUUGGAGGUCUCCCCAACUCAUUUCAAGCCGGGUUUUGUCUACAAUGGCCUGGUUAAAGUGAAGGACAGGUCCGGGGCACCCGAAAAGGGUCAAAUGAUCCAGAUCUGCAAGGAUCCUUACGGAUCUUCGGAUGGGAACAAGGGGAAAUGUCGGAAUUUCACGACGGAUUCUCAGGGCCUCGUCCGAUUCCAAGUUCCUCCGCAGGUCCACGACGUGCACUCCAUCAGUUUCGAGGUUUCAUCACCCGGGAGACAGAAGAACUACCCCAAAAACCACGACGAAGUGAAGUACCCGUGGCAGAAGCAAAUCGAUUCGUACAACGCGUAUAGGUCGGUGAACGGCUGGUUCUCCCCCUCGGGAAGCUACAUCCAGAUCCUCCGCAGUUCGACGAAAGGGGAGGUGGAGACGGUGGAGGGUUGCGAGGGUCUCCUCAAGCUGCAGCUCCUCUACUCAAACUCGACGCCCGACGUCCUCCAUUAUCAGGUAAUGGCCCGAGGGGACAUCCUUGCCUCCGCCGCCUUUGAUCACAGCUCAGAAGGGGAAGUGGAGGAACUUGGAGACCCAGAGCUCCUCCUCUAUAAAUCCGAUAAGGAGACGCCAGACCCUGGGCUCUUGAGCAAGGCCACCGUCGAGAUCCCGGUGACUCCCGAGAUGGCACCUGAGAGUAAACUGGUGGUCUUUUACAUUAGAUCCGACGGAGAGGUGGUGUCCGAUCACCUCACCUUCCGAGUGAACCGAUGUCUCCCCAACAAGGUGGAACUGGAAUGGAGUGAAAAGGAAGUGGGGCCUGGAUCGAAGGUCGGGCUGAAAGUGAAGGCGGAGCCGGAGUCAGUUUGUGGGUUGAGAGUGGUGGACAAGAGUGUGGACCUCCUCAGACCGGGGGAUCAGCUGAAUGUGGACAAAGUGUUUCAGGCUUUGGAGCGCUUCCAGAUCUAUGACUAUGAGUCACCUACCCAGAGCACGGACUACAACUUCUGUCUCAGUCAUAAGCCCUCCAAAAAUAUAUCUGGAGAUUCAGAGAUCUUCGGUGGCUACGACUCCCGCAGUCAUGCUCUCACAUCCUUUGAUCGAUCGGGUCUAGUGGUGCUGUCCGAUUUGAGCGUCUAUACCCUUCCCUGCCGAGCACCUGUGUUCCAUUUCAGUCCGCAACUUCGACCUGUAAACGCACCAGCAUUUUUGACGACUACAAUAGCACCGCCGCCGCCACCACCGCAGACGGCUUUGGCCGACCAAAAGGAGCAAUUAGGUGGAGUUCCGACCGAACCGGCACACGAAGAUUUCCUUCCUGUUGAGGUUCGCGACUACUUCCCAGAGACUUGGCUUUGGUCUCUCGAGAACAUCGGGGAAACAGGGGAGUUGAAAUUAGAGGAUCUGGAAGUGCCGGACACCAUCACGGAGUGGGUGGGGUCAGCGGUGUGCAGCUCCCCACUGGUAGGACUGGGCUUGUCUUCCCCUCAAUCCCUCCUUGCCUCCCAGCCAUUCUUCCUCGACCUCACUCUACCCUAUUCGAUCAAGAGGGGGGAGAUCCUUCCCCUCCCUAUCUCCAUAUUUAACUACAAGGCACAUCCGUUGCCUAUUCGAGUUGAGCUGGAAGAAUCCGAGUCUUUUAAGGUAGAUGGAGACAAAAUGAAGAGCCUUUGCUUAGCAGAGCAGGGAAAUGAGGUGGUGACGUUCGACCUAGACUUCCUGGAACUCGGAGAAUUGAACAUCACCGUUGUGGUUCGGGUCGACCCUACCUUCCCCGAUGUUUGCGGUCUCUCGUCCACUGCGGAGUGCACCCCGUUUAUAAGUGACGGUAUCGUGAAGCCGAUACGAGUAGAACCUGAAGGGUUCCCGGUGGAAGAGACGAAGAACUGGUAUCUGUGCAAGGGAGAUGAAGAGGUGAAUGUGCUUCACUCGCUUAGCCUGCCGGAGGACGUUGUGCCGGAUUCUGCUCGAGCGUGGGUCACCGCCUCUGGUGACCUCCUCGGACCCUCGCUUCAGGGAAUAAAGUCGCUUGUGAGGUUGCCGACGGGCUGCGGGGAGCAGAACAUGGUCGCUCUGGCUCCGAAUAUCUUCCUCCUCCAAUAUUUCAACGCCACGGAUCAACUCAAGCCAGAACUGAAGGCGGAGCUCACCCACAAUAUGGAGAUCGGAUACCAGAGGGAGUUGAAAUACAAGCAUGACGACGGGUCGUUCAGCGCGUUCGGGAAGAACGACAAGGAAGGUUCUAUGUGGCUGACUGCCUUCGUGAUCAAAGGCUUCGGGCAGUCUCUUCCCUUCAUCUCCAUCGAUCAAAGCCAAUGGCAGGAGAGCGGAGGACUGGACGAUACUGAGGGUGAAGAGGGCUCAGAGACCGGGUUGUCGGCGUACGUCCUCAUCUCUCUUCUGGAAUCGGGUGCCGCCGUGGUUGAUGAAGUGAUCCAGAGUGCACUGCAGUGCCUGAGGGGUAACCAGAAUCCCUCGACCUACACCCUGGCCCUCACCACGUACGCCUUCAUCUUGGCGGGGGAAACCGAACUCGAGCCGUCAGACGCAGUGGACAUAGAAAUCACAUGGAGUCCUCUCACUGGUGAAAUUGGAUCGAGAAGGCGAUUCCAACAGAGCCCUUUCAGCGGAGAGCCAUUUCUCAACGGCUGGUAUUGGGUGUUUCAGGAUACAGUGAUGGCUUUGCAGGCCUUGGCGCGAUACGCUACUCACGUGGGACUGGGAGACGUGGACAUGAAGAUCCAACUCUCCUCCCGUGACUGGGAGCACACCUUCCAUCUCACAGAUGAGAAUCGUCUUGUCCAGCAGAUGACCCCCGUCCCCUCUGUUCCCUCUGAAUUCCAGAUCUCUUCGGCAGGGAGCGGUUGUGCCCUCGUCCAAGCAACGCUGAGGUACUCGGUGUUUGGUGAACCCAAGAAGCGGGGAAUGGGGCUUAUCGUAGCAGAGACAUCUGAUGAUGCACUGAAAUGCGAUAAACGGGUGAUCCAAGCCUGUGUCAUGUAUUCCGGACCAGCCAACACUUCCAACAUGGCUCUUCUCCAAGUCUCCAUGGUAUCAGGUUUCAAGCCAGAAGAAAACGCCCUUCAGGACCUUCGCUCUCAGUCCCGAGGAAUGAUGAAGCGCUUGGAGGUGAAUAAGGAGACUGGGGAGCUGGCCGUAUACUUCGACCACUUGGACAAGGAGGGUUUCUGCCUUGAUAUCCCGAUCGUUCGUAGUGUUACUGUGAAGAAUUCCAAGCCGGCCCUCGUCAAGCUUUUGGACUAUUAUGCUCCCGAGAUCCAAGACACUGAGUUAUACGAGAUCGGCGAGUGCACCGGGGACGGAGAGGUCUCCAAUUUAGGAGAAGUCUCAAAUUUCGGAGAAGUCGAGGGCAUGCUCCCCAAUGUGGAUAUCCGAUCCCAUUAACUGAUUUAACUCGAAUUUAAUCCUGAUCUUUUAUGCCUCUUUGGAAAUGAAUGCAGCCCGAAUUGCAAACUCUGUCUCUUCCAUUCAUAACAUCACAU